AAUAAGUUAGGGUUAAAAAAACAUUAUUUAGGGUUUUACAAAAACAUAGGAAUAGUUCAGAAUUCAGCCGUUGUCAUCCCCCUGUAUAAAUAAUCAUAUACCUAAUUCUUUUCUUAAUAUCCCAUCAAAAUUCAAGAUCUGCGACCAAUUUCUAUCUCUUUCUCCCCCAAAUUUCCCUCAAAUUCCUAUCAAUGGCACGCAACAAAACCCUAAAACCCUUGACUGAAGCUCCUCCUGAGCCUGAGUCUUCAUCUGAUGAAGAAACUGAUAAUGAACAACAUCAAGAAGAAGGUUCUGGCGGUUCAUCCGAUGAAGAACAGGAUCUAGAACAAAGAGAAGGGGAAGGGGACGAGGAAGAGGACGAGGAAGAGGAAGAAUCUGAUGAUGAUGAUGAAGAUGAAGAGGAAGAACCAGAACAAAACACAUCAACUCCAAUUCAGCCUUCCAAUACCAAAAAAUUAACUAUCAUUAAUUCAAAAAAACCCGUUCAGGAUGGUUCCUCAGACGAGGAUGAUCCCCCUGUUUCGAAAUUUAAAUCCGUUUCAAAACCCGUUCUUGAGAUCUCUUCCCCUCCUAAGUCCAGAUCUAAACCCGCAAACACCGGUUCGAGUACUACUGCUGAGAAAAGGCCUGCUGAAGGGGAUGAGAAAACUGGUACAGCAAAGAAGCAGAAGAAGGAAAAAACUACUCCUGGGUCUGGAGUUGGGACUCCUGUUGUUCAAGAAGAAGGGUCCAAGAAGUUAUUCCAGAGGCUUUUUAGUGAAAAUGAUGAGAUUCAGAUUCUUAAUGGCAUGAUUGAGUAUAAGGCUAGAAAAGGUGCUGAUCCCAUGAAUGAUAUGGAGGAUUUUUGUGCUUUUGUCAAGAAAUUGUUGCAUGUUGAUGUUAGUAAGAGUCAGAUUAUGGAUAAAAUUCGUAGGCUUAAGAAAAAGUUUAAUAAUGCUAAGAGUAAAGAUAAGAAGAUUGGUAAUGAACAUGAGAAACGUUUGUUUGAUUUGUCUAAGAAGAUUUGGGAUGAUAGUGGUAACAAUACUAAGGAUGAUAAAGUUUCUAAUGGGGUUGUUGGGGAUAAGGAUGUUGUUGUGAAAUCGGGCUCGAAGCCCAGGGCUACAAAGAGUAAGAGUGAUAAUGUGGUUACUGAAAAGAAUAAGGUGGUGGUUCACAAUGGUGAUACAGCUGGAAAGGGUUUGGUGAAUUCUGCCAUGGAAGAAGAUUUGGAUGUUGGUGAAAUGGCUGUUAAGGAGAAGGUUAGGAAGAGGGCAUUGAAAAAGAUGGGUGAAAAGGGGCGGGCCGAGAUCGACGAGAUGUGGGAGAAGGUGGCAAAAGCGGAAUGGGAAUUGAAGAUGAUGCGGGAAGAAGCACAAAGGGAGGAGACUAGAAGGAUUAUGGAAGCUCUUGGAUGGGUUAAGCCCUAGGUGUAAGUAAGGAAGUAUGGAACUUUGUUGUUUAUGAUUAUCUUUUUAUAAGCCUUAGGAUGUACAUUCCUUAAACAGGCUCUUUAUGUUUGAUAUGUUUUCUGGAUUACAGAUGGAUGUUUAAAUUGGAUGCUUAAAUUUUAGUUUAUUUUGGUUGUGUUUAUGCAGA